GUCGGCGGAGGAAGUCGGAAGUUGGUUUGUGUAUAUCACUGCGUGCUCCGUCUUAGGGAAAGCGUGGGUGAGCUCUGCAGGCAUGCCAUGGUGAGCGACAGGUAGCUGUCCCCAGAGGAGGAGUGACCGGCCAUGAAUGGAGUGACCUAUGAUGAUGUACAUAUUCACUUCUCUUGGGAAGAGUGGGCUUUGCUGGAUCCUUCCCAGAAGAGUCUCUACAAAUAUGUGAUGCGGGAGACCUACAGGAACCUCACUGCUAUAGGCUGCAGUUGGGAAGACUGUAAUAUUGGAGAAGGUUGUCAAAGUUCUAGAAGACAUGAAAGGCAUGAAAGAAGUCAUACUGGAGAGGAACACUAUGAAUGUAAUCAGUGUGGUAAAACCUUUGGAAGUCAUGGUCAUCUUGAAAUACAUAAAAGAACACACACUGGAGAGAAACCCUUUGAUUGUAAUCAGUGUGGCAAAGCCUUUGCACAACACAGUUAUCUCCAAAAACAUAAAAGAAUACAUACUGGAGAGAAACCUUACAAAUGUAAUCAAUGUAGCAAAGCCUUUGCACGUCAUAGUCAUCUUCAAAGGCAUAAAACAACACAUACUGGCGAGAAACCCCAUGAAUGUAAUCAAUGUGGCAAAGCCUUUUCCCGGCACAGUUAUCUCCAAAUACAUAAAAGAACACAUAUUGGAGAGAAACCUUACAAAUGUAAUCAAUGUGGUGAAGCCUUUGCAUGUUACAGUCAUCUUCAGAUGCAUAAAAUAACACAUACAGGAGAGAAUUAUGAGUGUAAUCAGUGUGGUAAAGCCUUUGCAUGUCAUAGUACUCUCAGGAUGCAUAAAAGAAUACAUACUGGGGAGAAACCUUACAAAUGCGAUCAAUGUAGUAAAGCCUUUGCUUGUCACACUCAUCUUCAAAUACAUAAAACAACACAUACUGGAGAGAAACCCCAUAAAUGUCAUCAAUGUGGUAAAGGCUUUUCCCGGCACAGUUAUCUCCAAAUACAUAAAAGAACACAUUCUGGAGAGAAACCCUACAAAUGUAAUGAAUGUGACAAAGCCUUUGCAUGUCAUGGUCAUCUUCAAAUGCAUAAAACAAUGCAUACUGGAGAAAAACCUUAUGAAUGUAAUCAGUGUGAUAAAGCCUUUGGACGUCACAAUCAUCUUCAAAGGCAUAAAAGAAUACAUACUGGAGAGAAGCCUUAUGAAUGCAAUCAAUGUGGUAAAACAUUUGCACAUCACAGUUAUCUCCAAAUACAUGAAAGAACACAUACUGGAGAGAAACCCUAUGAAUGUAAUCAAUGUGGUAAAGCCUUUGCAUGUCAGAGUAGUCUCAGAAUACAUAAAAGAAGACAUACUGGAGAGAAACCUUAUGAAUGUACUCAAUGUGAUAAAGCCUUUGCACAUCUUAGCAGUCUCCAGAGACAUAAAAGAACACAUACUGAGGAGAAACCAUACAAAUGUAAUAAAUAUGAUAAAGUCUUUGCAUAUAUCUACAGCCUUUGAAAUCACGAGAAAGAAUCAUCACAGAAAAACUAUAAAUGUAGUGAGUGUGGCAGUUUUGUACUUCAUGGUAGUCUGUACAAGAAUAAAACUUUUAGUGUUUAAUUGGUCUGUUAAAGACUUUGCAUAUCACAAUAAUCUUUGAGAAGCUGAAAGACCUUGUACUAAGGUACUCUGACUAUAAGGAUUUGUUAAGAUAUGUAGCCAGCACACUUACAUUCAAUUACAGAUUAUUUAUUGUGGAGAAAAAAAAUCUGACAAUUGUCAACAAUAUGUUCAAGCAUUAUGAUGUCUCUAUUUUGUUUGUACCUGCAAACUUAUGUGGACAAAAGCCCUGUGAACUUAAAUGAUAAGGUAACCCCUUUUAGAUUUCACACUUCAAUUAUGUGAAAUAACUCAU